AUGGCGCGCCCCUUCAACCCCCCCGAUUAUUACAGACUGGACCGUCGUUCAUCGGUAGAGUCCAAUGCACUUUUAUCCGUCUCCGACCUGGAUGAAGAUGACUUGGUGCCACUCCGAAGAAAAUCCGCGCAGGCCCGCGGAGGGCUGUGGUCCUGGUGCAGGGCGUGCUUCCGACUCUUCCGUCGCGGUAGCGCUGGUCGCAAUGGACGGCGACUCGUGGCUCUGAUCCGCCUGGUUCUUGGGUUCCUGAUCGUGCUCGUCGCGGUGACGGGGAUAUUCUGGCCCUCGUAUACACACUUGCCUCCUCACUACCAGGCUCUCCGCAGAUCAGCCGCCCAAUCCAACAUCAGCGGUCCGGGGAAUCCCCACGACGAGAAGAUCUUCGUCGCCGCCAUUCUGUACGACCAGGAGGGGGAACUAGCAGGCGGUAGAUGGGGAAAUGCCUUGCUACGGCUAAUCUACCUCCUCGGCGAAGACAACGUCUUCCUGAGUAUCUACGAGAACGACGGAGAAGCCAAGGGCCACCAGGCCCUUCGAGAUCUAGAGCGCAAGCUGCCAUGUAACAGGUCCAUUCAAAUAGAUCCGCAUCUAGAUCUGAACACAUUCCCAAGGGUUAUAGCCCCGGGAGGGGCGCAACGCAUCAAACGAACCAACUACCUGGCCGAGCUGCGGAAUCGCGCUCUUCGCCCUCUGGACGAGCACCCAGAAAUCAAGUACGAUAGAAUUCUCUACCUCAAUGACGUCAUCUUCGAUCCUAUCGACGUACUUCAUCUCCUUUUCUCCACCAACAGCGAUCAAAACGGGGUAGCCCAGUACCGUGCGGCAUGUGCGGUCGACUUUAGCAACCCGUUCAAAUUCUACGACACCUACGCCACGAGAGAUCUGGAUGGAUACGGAAUUGGACUUCAAUUUUUUCCGUGGUAUACCACGGCCGGUAGCGGUCAGAGCAGAAGGGAUAUGCUUGGAGGGAAAGAUGCCGUGCGUGUUCGCAGCUGCUGGGGAGGGAUGGUGGCUUUUGAUGCAAAGUACUUCCAACGACGCGACAACCCAGUGCGGUUCCGCGCCGACCCAGAUGUAUUCUUCGAUGGAUCCGAAUCCUGCAUCAUCCACGCCGAUAUCCAGGAUCCCCCUUCAAAUGACAAGGAAGUGCACGACAGCGGCAUCUACAUGAACCCCUUUGUUCGAGUCGCAUACACGGAACGCACCUACUCCUGGCUAUGGCUAACCCGGCGAUUCGAAAAGCUCUAUUCCAUUCCUCAUAACCUUGCAAGCCAGGUGGCUGGGUUCCCCCGGGCUAACCCCCGUCGAAGCGAGACUCCCGGCCAGGUGAUCAAAGAGACCCUCUGGGUUCCGGAUGCGACAGAUACCCGUGGGGGCGCAUUUCGAGAGGUAGAUCGGGUAGCGGGGAAUGAUGGCUUCUGUGCGGAUGGAUUUGGCGGAUAUCGUGGGCUGCAGGUGAUUGUGGAAGAUCGAAAACCAGGCCAGGGUGGAUGGGAGGAGAUUCCCUUGCCAUUGAAUUAGCUGGUAACCCUAUAUUCCAACUACCGACAAUAAACGCGAGUACUGUUACAAUAGACCGAAUACCAAA